GCGGGCGCUGCGCAGUGACGUCACUUUGUAAUGGCGGCUCCCAGGGGGAGCGCACGCGGCGGGUGGCGGCGUUAACGGCAGCCGAGGCCGAGCCUUGGUCACGCCCUGACCCCGUGAUCGUGCGUCUUUUUAGGUAAAAAUGAAGUUCAGAAGAGGAGGGAAAUUUGUGCCUUCUGCUAAACUGAGGCGAAAGGGUAUUGAAGUAUUGGGAAAAUGGAAAACUGUGGAAAUUGACCCCAAUCUACUUGUUGAUGAGCAGUUUAAAGAUGUAGUGUGCUUGGAGGAGCUUACAGAGUACAAGCUAGUAAGUUCUGACAAAGUGGGGAAAGGAAACAAGCAGAAGAGAAAGUCCGAGGAUCUUUCAGAAGAUGGGAGUGAGGAGGAGGAAGAAGCUGUCCCUCCCAAAAAGAAAAAGAAGUGCAAAGAUUUGAGAACCAGAGCAGAUAAAAGCAAUUAUACUGGUGCAACAGAAGUUGACAUGCCAGUUGAUGAGGAGAAAAGAUGUGAAGAAAUAGUCAAAGAGGCAAAUCAUAGGGACUGUGGGCAUAUAGCUGAGAGCACUUCAAGCACAAAAAAUGCUGCAAAGAAAAAGAAAAAGAAAGAGAAGGUAGUUAAAAAUAAGACUUCUCAAGCUCAGGAUGCUUUUCCGCCAGUAACUACAUCUAAGAAAGUAAAAAAUUGGACAACAGAAGUUUUGUCUACCUCAACUGAUCACAAAGCUGAUGUGUCUGCAUGGAAAGACCUGUUUGUGCCUCAGCCAGUGUUGAAGGCCUUGAGUUCCCUGGGGUUUAGUGCUCCAACUCCUAUUCAGGCGUUAACUUUGCCUUCUGCCAUCAGGGAUAACAUGGAUGUUCUUGGUGCUGCAGAAACAGGAAGUGGCAAAACGCUUGCAUUUGCAAUUCCUAUGAUUCACUCUGUGCUGGAAUGGCAAAAAUCAAAUAGCUCAGUGAGCAUAAACUACAGUGUUUCUAAAAAGCCCUCUCAGCAUCAUGAUGAAAUGAGAUGGGAAAAUGAUGGCGAAGCAGAAGAACCAAACCAUCAGGAGGUUGAAGACAGUGGAGAUGAAGAUGUUGCAUCUUUUGCAACAGGCUGUAUGAAGGUGCAGGAAAACACUGAAUUUGAUUCCAGUGACAAAGAACAUACCGUUGGCCUCCAUAAAAAGAGACCUCUUUUAGGACUGGUCCUUACUCCUACAAGAGAAUUAGCUGUGCAAGUGAAGCACCACAUCGACGCAAUUGCAAAGUUUACAGGCAUUAAGACUGCUAUUCUAGUUGGAGGCAUGGCAGCGCAGAAGCAAGAACGUGUACUGAAUCGCAAGCCAGAAAUUGUAAUAGCAACCCCAGGCCGUCUGUGGGAGCUAAUUAAAGAAAGACACCCACAUCUCUCAAAUCUUCGUCAGCUCAGGUGCCUUGUGAUUGAUGAGGCAGACCGAAUGGUUGAAAGAGGUCAUUUCUUGGAGCUGUCUCAGUUGCUAGAAGUCUUAAAUGAUUCACAAUACAAUCCUAAACGGCAGACUUUUGUUUUUUCUGCCACUCUGACAUUAGUCCAUCAGACUCCCACAAGAAUUUUACAGAAAAAGAAUGCUAAAAAGAUAGACAAGAAGACCAAACUUGAAAUGUUAAUGGAAAAAGUAGGAAUAAAGGGCAAACCCAAAGUGAUAGACUUAACAAGGAAAGAGGCUACUGUUGAGACUCUGAUGGAGACCAGAAUCCAUUGUGAUACAAAUGAGAAAGACUAUUACCUUUAUUACUUUCUUCUCCAGUAUCCAGGAAGAACUAUGGUCUUUGCAAACAGCAUAGACUGUAUAAAACGCCUCAGUUCUCUCCUCACAAUCUUAAAUUGUGAUCCUCUUCCUUUGCAUGCCAACAUGCACCAGAAGCAAAGGUUAAAAAACUUAGAACGGUUUGCUGAGCGCGAGAGCUGUGUCCUCCUGACAACAGAUGUUGCGGCUCGUGGUCUUGAUAUUCCCAAUGUGCAGCAUGUCAUCCACUACCAGGUCCCUCGUACUUCUGAGUUGUACGUACACAGAAGUGGUAGAACAGCGCGAGCUGCCAACGAAGGCCUUAGCCUGCUGUUGAUUGGGCCUGAUGACUUGAUCAAUUUUAAGAAAAUUUAUAAAACCUUGGAGAAGAGUGAAGAGCUGCCACUUUUCCCAGUUGAAACAAAGUAUAUGAUUGCUAUUAAGGAGCGGGUGAAUUUGGCACGGCAGAUUGAGAAGGCAGAAUUUUUCAAUGGUCGAGCAAAGCAACAUGACUCCUGGCUCCAGCAGGCUGCAGAGGCUCUUGAAGUUGAUCUCGAUGAUGACCUUUUUAUGGGCAAGUAGAAAACCUUGUAGUGGGGUUACAACUGUAGCGCUAAGCGUGCAGGAGUGCGACUAUGGCACAGAAGCUGUUAAACCUUGCAGGGCAGAAGGAGAGGCAAAAGUGUCACUAUUUAGUAUGCAGUAUUGCUGGUGUUUUCAGAAUGACUGUAUCGUAGGUAGUGCUGCAGUCAGUGGGGAAGAGAGGUGUGACAAUUGUGGAAAUUCGCAGCCAAGUCUACACAGCUCAGGAAAAGAACUGUUUAACUUCUAGUAACCGUCUUGGGAUAAUCUAACAAUGUGGUGUGUGCUGUUUGAGUCCUUUCCCUAUGUGUCAAAGAAGCAGCUGUUUAUCCACUCCUGCUUAUUGCUCCCUCCACUUAUAGCCUGGCAGUGUGUCAGGAGCCUGGCAGUACAACAGCUCUAUCUGAAUUUUUUAGGAGUAUUCGUGUAAU